AUGGUGACUCAUCUCUACCUUGGUGUGAUAAUCUUGGCUGCGUUUGCAACGGCUAUCGCUAAUGCAGAUAUCAAAGUAGUCUGUGCAAAGGACUCGGUAAAAAUCACAUGGAGGAUCAGUGCCGAGUUGGUGCCGCAUGCAGCUCGCUUUUUCCUUGGAAGCUGCAUGCCGUCUCAGUUGGAUGUUCUACCCACCGGAGAGGGGGAAGCACACUUCAACUACCAAUUUGCUGACUGCAAAUUUAAAAGACUGAUGAAAGGAAAACGUCUGCUGUAUCAAAAUGAACUGACUUACAGGCCGCAUGCAAAGUCCAAACCAGCGGCCUUUGUGCAUCCUAUAGAGUGUGUUUAUAAAAGACCUGAAGGGUGGGUUCCCCCUUUCCUGAACCCUGGAUCGGGUGUUUCUGAAGGUCGAGGCGGGCUGGUCUUCCACAUGGCGCUCCUCAAUGAGCAAUUAACAGGUGUGGCGAGGACAAAUGUCGUCCCCCUUGGCUCGUUCAUGCCGAUAUGGGCGGCAGUGGAGCAGAAGUCCCAUCAACCCUUGCUGCUGCUCAUGGAGCACUGUGUGGCAGCCACUACGCCAGAGCUGCAGCCCGGCAACCAAGUUUACCCCAUCAUCAGCAAUAAGGGGUGUCUUUUGGAGAGCAUGAGAGGAAACUCUGUGUUCCUUCCCCGGUACCACUCGUCUGCUGUCAUCCUUUACCUUCAGUCCUUCAAGUUUGAUCUUGGAGAGGAGGUGUACAUUCACUGUAAACUGGUUGCAUGGGAUCCUGAAGUUUUUGAUGAAAGCAAGAAAGCCUGCCAUUAUGUAAAGGAAAAUGGGAGAUGGGAACUACUCGACGACCCCUCUCGGAGCUCCAUCUGUAGCUGCUGUGAAUCAACCUGCAAGUCUCGCUCCAAAAGAGGAGUCGACUUGGAAUCCCACGGCUUUAGUCACAAUUCUGUGUUGGGACCCCUGAUCAUCGUGGACCCGUCUGAGUCGAAGGCUCACGGCAUACCGACAGCCCAGUCUGAGCUGAUGGAGGCUGUAUGA